AUGACGCUGGAUUCUCCGACGACUGUGACGAGUGUCUCGAUGGGAGGGACGAUUCACCGUCGAGAAGACACAGCUACAUCGUUUCGGACGCUCACCUCUAUCGACGUCCAUUCACCAGCCACCCCCAGCCAGGUCCCAGCACAGCGGCAGAUGCUUGCUACCAGCCAGCAACGGAUUUCAUCAACAGGUCGUAUCAGCCCCUCUAACAGCAGUCCUCCCGAAUUCCCACUACCACGACCUCUGCCCAGAUACCCCUGGCAACGGUCGGCUAGUUGUCGCGAGUUGUACGCUUCUAGUUUUGAGGACUCCGGUAAAGCGCGGCCGCGGGACGACAAAGUCACCGCGGACCUUCCGUUAGAUCCAUUCCAGUUAGCCUCCCAGGGUGAACUAGAUAACCCCAUAACACGUUACGACGAAAGUAAUCGUUCGUAUAGCGCCGCUAGUUCGAAAUUACCUUCUCUAGAUCACGAUUCUGUCCCCGAGCGUGUGUACAGCAGUUCCUACCCGGGAACGUCGUCGUUGUCUACCGAAUCGGGCCAUGAGGAAUCGGGUCCCGCUGGAGAUCUGUCACAUGACGAUCUCUCACACGAUUCUUACGAGCUUUUGGAACGCGAACAUGAAUUCGAGUAUCCGGAAUCGUAUUCUAGUCCACACGACGAACCAAUAUCCGAUCAGAGCGACGAAGGAAUCGAGCACGAGAUGUUCCAAAUGGACUCCGAAACCGAUUCCUUUGUCAAGCACAGAUCAUUAAAGCCUUCAGAGAAACAACAAUACAGAUCCGCGUUUACUGAUCUCAAGAACUCUAAAGUCAAGUCCAUCGAUCGGUACUCAGCUGUAUCUAAGGUAGAUAACGAUUUCGUGAUCACCGAAUCUAGAAUACAACGGACAGGUACUCAAAUAGAACGUAAAUUUGAAACGAGACACGCUAAUUCCGUGGAACAGCCACCCAAGACGGGUAUUCCGCAUCAGGACUCCGCUAGAAAAGAUCCCGUGGUGAUGCAGGUACACAAGCAAAAAAUGUCUGUCUUAAACGAGUUGAAGAACUUAAAACCCAAGUAUAAGAUCACACACGUAGAUUCAGAAGUCUUGCGAGACGAAGGUAUCAUGCGUCCGAAAUCGCGAAUUGAUGAUGAUCUAAGUCCGGUUGACGGAAGUAGAACAUUAGAUCAUAGCGCAAAAGGUAGGACGACUAGGGCACGCAGUAUUGCUAGUCUGGACGAUCAUCCACCGCGGUUAUAUGUCGAGACAGGUAGUCUAGGUCGAGGUCAUAAAUCUAGAGAUAGGAAAUCGAGAGAUGCUGACGUUAAGGUCGAGAAAGUCUUGUCGAAGGAGCGUAGGAGCAUUGAGAGGGAGGAGCGAAAACGGGACUACUCGAGGGAAUGCAGACGAAUGGAUAAGAGUGAUUCACGAGAACGUCGUUCAGUAGAUCGGCUCGAUUCGCGCGAGCGGAGAUCGGAUAGUCACGGUCGUCGCAGUAUAGACCGGGUCGAUAUGCGCGAACUACGUAGAAGCAUCGAGCGGCUUGAUGUGCGCGAGAGGAGUUACGAGCACCUAGACUCAAGGGAAAAGAGUGCCUUUUACAGUGAUUUCUAUGAAUCACGCGGUAAGAGUGUCGAUCGUUUAGACUCUCAAGGGUUGCGCAGCAGCAUGGAGCAUUUAAAGAGUCCUAAAGAGAAGAGCAAUCAUCGGCAUUUAGAGCGUCGAGAGAGAAGUAUCGAACGGAUCGAUUCUCGGGAAACGAGAAAGAGUAGAGCUGCUUCUAUCGAUUACGAUGCAAGGCAUACUUUAGAACGCUUUGAUUCCGACAAUAGAAGCCCAUUCGAGCGGUUGACUCCGAAAGAGCAACGGAGGAUGAGCAUAGAGAGACUCGAUUCUCAAAAGUUCGACUUCGAUCCACGAGCGAUCGAACGUUUGAAAUCUUUGGAACGUUAUGAACAAAGAGAACGAACCUAUGAGAGAAAGAUCGAAUCAAGGAGCGCCGAGCGAAAGAGUCUAGAGAAGCUAGACUCACGUGAGCGAAAACACUUAGGACGUUUAGAAUCACGGGAGGGGAGGAGUCUCGAGUGCCUAGACUUCGACAGUGUGGAACGUAGGAAAAAUAUCGAAAGAAUGGAACAUAAAGAUCAAAAGAAGACCAGGAGCAAACCCGAGAAAAGCAAACCGGAAGAAAAACCGCGGGAACGUGAUGAUUGGAGGAGUUUGGAGAAAGCACGGAAAGACGACGAAAGACGAGAGCGCGAGCGGCAAGCUAAACUAUCCAUCGAAUCCCGUACGGAAACUGUUAUUGGCGUGCCGCAUGAGAUGGAGAAUUUGAAGUCAAAAACCGUGUUUGCCGAGUACGAGCCGAAGGUUGUUGGUGGUGUCGUGCUAGGCUUCGAGGAGACUGCGUUGCCCGGACACGUGCCAGUGGAGCGUACGAAGAGCGAUCCAAAUCCAGCACGGCAAAGAUUAGGAUCUAGCAACAGCAAGAGGCAUAUGCUGAUGCACCAGAAAUCCAUAGAUUUAACACCGGCCGACUCUGGCGAUGAAGAACCGUUUUCAGACAGCGCAGCAAUACAGAAAAACAAUGCCGAUAUUCCGUAUACGUUGCAUAAGAGGCAUGUUAUGAACGGCACCGCAUCCGAUGAAAAAUCCGAGUCGGAUAGCAGUAAAACCUCGAGGAAUGUCAAGAGUCUCGCCAAGGAUUUACCGAAGUUACCACUGAAGAUGGUAACGGAUCUCCCAUAUUUCGAUCUAACUAAGCUUCCCUCGAUAGAAAAGGCCAGCAAUAAACUAUCUCCGGAUAAACCGAAGAGCGGCACGGUUACUACCGCAAGACCAAAAUCGAUAUUAAGCCCCUCGGAUAAGCCGAAGAGUAUUUUAAGUCCUACAUCGAAACUUUCGCCUACAGACCCAAAGAGCAUCGUUUGUAGUUUAUCGCCCAGCAAGAGAAGUCCUUCGAAAGUGAAGACUCAGUCUCCUGAAAAGUUCUCACAAAAGGGCGGUUCGUUAGAUAGAAAUAAAGCCGAAGUUAUCAUCGAGGAUUACAUGUGCAAGAAAUCUUCGAGUUUGGACAAAAAGCCUUCGAAAUUGUCGCCGGUAGAACCGAAUAUUACUAUUAUCUCGGCUAUCGAAAAACGUUCGCCCAAAAAGUCGCCGACUGAUCCUAACGUAACUAUCGUCUCUGUGAUACAGAAGAAGAAAUCUCUUGACGGUGCGUCCAGAAGUCCCACCAGUAUUGCGAAAGCGGCGGAUGCUGUAAAAGCUGCUCUGAAUUUUGCCGAUAUCGUUAGCAUGGAAAUGAAGCAAAAUUUGGAACGCAAGGCGAAAAUUGAGAAAGAUAGUCUAAAAGCACCGGACGAUAGUUUAGAAAAGCAAGAUAGUAUUGAAAAGAUACCGUUACCCGAUAUUCCUGGCGAACAGGCUGAUGAGAAAACAAUAGGUGGCCAAAAACCGCCGAUUCCGGAGAAACCCAAAACAUUAGAGAAGCCAAGUAUUCCCGAAAAAACAAAACGUAUUUUGGAAAGAAUAGAAUCGAAAUUUUCGGAAGUUAGUAAAAAUUCCGCUACACGAAUAUCGAGACCAAAGAUCAUUGAUACAGGAUUUGACGAUUUCGUGGAUCCAGUCGCCGAUUUGCCUUUGGACGAAGUGCCUGUGAAACCUACUCUAGAGUUGGAUAGUCUUAAAGUUCCUGAGUUUGUUCCUUUCAUGCUGAGACCGCACGCGGAACCGAUAAGAUCGAAAUCUUUAUCGUUGGCAGAAGAGAAGGCGCCAAUCGAUACCUUGCUCUCACCGGAAGUCGAGAAUAAACAUUUCGUGCAAGAUGUCUCUCCGAAGAGAAUGAGAAAGGUGAAGUCCGAACCGAAAAAGGAUUUCAAAAAACAAUCAAAAUCGUUAGAAGGCGACAAACCGCCACUGAAGAAGAGCGCAUCGAAAGAGUCACGUUCACCAUCGGUGAGUAUAAAAAUCGACAAAUCCAAAUUGAAACUCGGUGAAAUGCCACAGGAGAUCAUAAUAAUAGAUUCGACUGACGUGGCGCCAGAGAUAAGCAUUGUACAAAAAGCCAGAUCAAAAUCCGUAACUAGAUUAUCUGACAAGCCAUUUUCAACAUCGAAGGAGGAAAAGGAAGAAACGAAGACUCGCGCGAAAUCUGCGUCCGUCGACGAUGAAUUGAUUAAGGGCACGAUAAAAUCUGAGAAAUCGAGACCGAAGUCAUUGGGAAUAUCUAAAAGUUUGGGAAGUACGGAAAAGAAAGAUUCAGUAGAGAAAAUCUCGCCGAAGAGAAUCAAAGCUGCUGCCAAGGCAGCUGCCGAUAAAUCUGCUAUGGCAAAAGAAGCAAUGUCAAAACAGGAUACGAAAAUAGCACGUGGAAAAGUGGCUUUGAAAGUGGAAGCGACUAGCGAGGAAACUGUUGCUGAAUCAAAACAACCUAAACAAGAGAAGGAUUCUAAGCCGUCUGUUAAACCUGAUGUAGAUUUAACUCAAUCUCCUUUAGUCUUACGGAAACCGGGACAGACACCUAUUCUGUUUGCUCGCGCACGUCUUGGUCUUUCGGAAGGUAGCGGGAUUGGCGCUCUUCAGCGUCAAGGCGCAACGCAGUCGCCUACUGCUCAGCGGCGCGCGAAAUCUUUGGACGCCGCCGUAAUCUCCGUGCACAGACUACCGCCGGCGAACGCGUUCUCCAGCAAGGAUGACACAGUGGACGUGUCGGAGAAUCUGGAGGAUCAAGAGAACGUUGCUCAAGGCGCAAGUAUGGUAUCAAAGGUGCUUUCAGUUCAGAUGGAAGCCUCGCCGAAUCACAAAUCCGACAGUACCGAUCACACGACCGUGCCAGAAAUAUGUACGGAUUCUUUGUCUGUUACCGAGACUUCGACGCAGUAUCUAGAGUCACCACUGACAGAAUGUAACGAGAUUGUUCCUUGCAUUGAUUUCUAUGAGGGACAAGAAGGCGGCCAAAUGCCAUUUGUGAGUUCCAUUAACGAAAACAGAACGCAAACAUCGGUCAUAGAGAGCGCUAAAAUGGAGGAAGCAACAAAAUUUAUCGAUCAGAGUUCCGCCGAAUCCGGUAUUGAACAGGAAGCUUCUCAGGACAGUUCCGAUGCAAAGGUUGGUACAUCAAAAGGUGCUCAGUUGGAUCAAGAUCAAUCGGCAAUCUUCGUGAAGAGCGCUAGCACAGAAGCUGUUUAUAGACAAACUGAAUCGCCGAGCGAAGUUUCUGAUGGAGAGACAAAUGCAAAAAUUAGCGAAACUGUAUCGCCAAAAUCUUCUUCACCUCGUCCAUACGACUUUCAUGUCAGAGUUGAAGGUUCGAGAAGUCCUUCUGAGAGAGAUGAUGUACCUGAUGUAACUAUAAGCGCGGCUCGAGAGGACAUGUUCUUCUUUAAUUAUGAUCAGGAUGAUCCUCCAGAUAUGGUCAAGUCGCCAAUACAAAUAUCCAUUGAAGAAUGUUCCGACGACGAUAUGAAUCAGGAGGAGGAUGAGGAAGAAAUAGUAGAAGUACGGGUGGAGGACAUCGACGAACGAGAAGAAGAGGAAAAUAAACGGUUGGACUCUCUUGACACGAGCGAGGAUACGCUCGAUGCGCUCGAUACGCAAGUGCAGACGCGAGGUGCGGAUAGCGAAUUAAGUUCACCGGACUACGGUGUUGAUAGGAUGGAUGAGAAAACAUUGGUCGAGGUUGAAUUGACGCCGGAAUACCUGGAGAUGAAGAAAGAAGAUGAAGAAACGGCGGAAGAAUUACCGGAAGAUGAACCAGCGAAAGAGACUCUGGAGAUCGCGGAUUCCAAUCGUCUCUCCAUCGACAGAAAACUCAGACUGAGCACUGAACGUUCGAGAAGCGAAGAAACCAACACUUGGACACCAGACAGAGAAGACCCAGACUCUAGUUCGUGUUCUAUCGCUCGACCACUAGGAAUCGGUCAGAUACAACCCAUAAUAGAUCGUCGGGAAAUCGCUAUGAUCGAAGGCGCCCGAGACAGCGGUUCCUUGGAUGAUGACAGCAACGGCACGCAACUUCCUCCGAAGCAGGAAAUGAACGUCACGUGGAAAUCAUUCCCGCAGGGAAGCUCCGGUAGUUCCAGUCUCGAGGAUGGCUGGGUGCCUCAGGACGAGAGCAACGCACAGCAAUCGCAGUCUGAAGACAGCAACGGUCAGAACGAGGAUAGUUUCCAAGAAGACCUAGCGGACUUUCCCGGCACCUUUAUCAUUGGUCCUGAAAUAUUAGCUAAUUAUGGCGCAUUUUCACUCUCACGUACGCUGUCAAGAAUAUCCGAACGAUCGACUACGUCGGAGCAAGACAGAAGCGACUUGGAGGACUCCUUUAAACCCAGCUCGAGGUCGCCGAGUCUCGACGACGAGUCUUUGAUGUCAAGCGAUCAUCAGCCAUCUCUAUCAUCGGAUCCUCCGUCUGGUACGGCGUUACCAUCCGUUUCUGAUGAUCGCAGAACAUCUUCCGAGCUGCCAGACAUUCCCAUCGACGUGGUUGGCGCGCACGAGGAUGACUCGAAAUCGCCGCGAACGACCAGGCGAUCACGAUUGCAGUUGCAAAGUUCCGAGGACUGGCCAUCGCCACCCAGUUCACCUGUUUUUGAAACACCGGUAGUGAGUCACGUGGAGACAUUUUAUAUGGAAAUCAAACCGGAGGAAGCCGUCAAGGUGACCGUUACGGACAGUACGGAGACGCCCGUUCAUGCGGAACAAGACAGUGAUUCCAGCGACGAGAAUAGAACGCUGCAUGAUGACCUGCAUUCGACUCUUUUGGAGGACGGACAAAGUUCGACGUCUGUGACAACGGCCGACGGUACAGUCAAAAUCGCGGUAAAACCGAAAUCGAAUUCGUACAUAACUGGUUCGUCGCAUAGCGAGGACACGUCGAUGGGCUUGUCUAUGUCCGAAUGGUCCAGCUCGAACAACACCGUGCGUCAGUUUUGCCAGUACUCUGGUACAAAGUCUGACGACAACUCGCUCGCGGAACUUGGCGCCUCGAUCUCAGACUGGUCAGGUAGCACAACGGUGAUACCACAACAGUACUACGCUACACCCGCGGACAAAAGUCAGAGUGACACCACGACAUCCGAGAGAAGCGCGACCAGCAUGAGACCAAACUCGAAAUGUCAAUCUGCAGAUACUUCCUCUCUUCCAUCUCCGCCGUCUCCGUCUUCACUACCGCUACCCGUGUCGCCACCACUGCCUUCUCCACCCGAAACAGUUACUUCCUCGUUUCUUCAUGACGAAGCCACCGGUUCCACGAUCGAACAGCACGAGACUUUACAGGCCAAGACUACCAUCGAGAAUGACGAUGAUCUACGUCAAUCUCAAACGCACGGUGACGAGUUCGACGAGGCGCGACGAUUUAUUGAGAGCCAAUUCGAUGAGCACCAUCGCCUGCGCCGAUACGAUGACGAACAGCAAGGCCUUUGUCCCCAGGAAUUCGCCGACACUUCGCCACCUCGUAUCACUCUUCGAAAUGAGUACGACGAGGCCAUCGACGAUGAUUUCCAAAUGGUUCCAGACGAGGAUACGAUCUGCGUUGAUGACACGGCGCUGCCAAUUCCCGAAGAGGAUGAGGAGGAUCAAUUGUACGAUAAUGUGCCCGCAAUGAAAUAUUCUAGUAGCGAGAAAAUACGGAUGGAGGUCGGUCGGGGGGACAGUUCGGAAGAUAUGCACGAGAAAUAUGCCGAUCUCACGUUCCAAUCGAGAAUACCGGACGAUUGGUUAUCUGAGGAACGAAGAAACGUCCCGGAGCGGGAGAAACCAUCAAUGAAAUCGACAGGCAAAUUCGAUCGCGGCUUCUCGGAACCGAGUCCACACGAAGCAGGCAGAUAUCAGGGCACGCGAUCCACUGAACGGCCUGUGAUGGUACCAAUCCGAGCGAAGUCGACCCCAUAUUACUCUACCACGAGUCUGAGCGGCGAAUCGACUACAUCUAGUCCGCCUAUGCCAAUCAAGACGCAGAUCAGAACAAAGACGAUGCCUUGUUCGUCGAGCCGUAGCCCACAGAGCGAGGGUGACACCUCCUCGAGCAUGGAUAGCCCGGCGCAUACGCCCGAUCGGGGGGGUCAACGGGCAUUCCGUCGGAAACGACAGCAGAAUGCUAAGAGGCGACACCGCGUAGUAGUCGAUCUUGAGAUCAAGGACGGCCAUAUAGUAUCCAGCACUGAUUCCAGUUUCGACGUGGCAACCAUACCGCCACCGCUGCUACCAGAAAGUCAGAGACUAGACGUAGACGACGACGAGGACGAUGAGAUGUCCCUCGAGAUGAAGGAUGAACAUCAUCGACAGCAGCAGCGUUGACGCAUCGUCGACGAUCGAUACUAAACAGAAACGCCCGAGGAAAAGAGAAAAUUGAGCGCAAUCGGUCACGCUCACUCGGGGGCUCAAAUUAGCAGAAUUUAUAGGCAAGUUCCCAGUUUCGUAUGGAAUUGAACGCACUUUAGAAUUGACAGACUCCGUUAUGUUGGCACUCUCUCGACUUAUGUCUGUCGCGCGAAAGAUCAAAUGGGAACAGAUCUCGACUCGGCCUGAUCUUCUGCAAUCUUGAUUCAACAACGACGAUUUGCCCGGCGAAGUUUUGCGCUGAGUGGCAAUCGAGAAUCGAGAGGUUAUACGGGUAUGAAUGACGACAUGAGCGAAUUAACGAGGACGAAAGCAGGACAGACGUAAGACGAAGACGACGUUUAUCGUUCCGGGCUGGAAAGCCCAAGGCUGAAUGAUCAAAAGCUGCGAGAGGAAAGUAGCAUAAUUAUAUCGUUAGGGAUACGGAUACGGUUUGUUACGCGUUUUAGAGACCCGAUUUACUUUGAUAUCAUCACGAUAGAACCCCUCUGGUCCCCAUCUCCCAGUAGAUAUGAGUAUACUUUAGCGAGUAAUAUUCAUAUACAUAAUAUACACGGGAAGUGAAGUAUCUUAACUAUCGUGAUCAGCGUGCCCGUGCGCGACUCGUUGGAGAAUGAUAAUCGUUACGUGCGACACGUUAUAUCCUAUUAAUAAUAAUGUUAUAAGGCAUAGAAAUUGAAAGACCGAGACGUAGAAUUUUCGAAGAUAAUUGUAAACUUAAAAAAACUUAAAACGAGCUGUGUCA